AUGGCUGCUCUUACAAACUCAUCAACAUCUCAUGACUUGUGUUCCUCAACAAGAAAAUCUUCGCUUUAUUCAUCUCAUUCAUUGAUAUCAUCACCUCAUUUGAAUUUUGUUAGUUUUAGGAAAACCAACUUGUGUUUUGAGUCCAAGAAAUUGGAAUGGAAAAGAGGAAGAACAGAAAAGUGCAGAAAAUGGAGUGUGAAGUGCACUGCAGAAGGACUAGAUGGAGGAAUGCUUGUGAGAAGAAAAAGUAGAGAAGAAGAUGGUAUUGUUGUCAGAAGUAUUCCAGAGAGGUACAAGGUUGUGUCCUUGUUGGCUUGUGUCAUGUGUCUUUGUAAUGCUGACCGUGUUGUCAUGUCAGUAGCUAUUGUUCCUCUUGCUGCUAAACAUGGUUGGUCCAGCUCCUUUCUUGGCAUUGUUCAGUCAUCUUUCCUGUGGGGUUACAUAUUCUCUUCAGUGAUUGGUGGAGCUUUGGUAGAUAGAUAUGGAGGAAAAAGAGUACUGGCUUGGGGUGUAAUGUUAUGGUCUUUCGCAACUCUUCUUACACCUUUAGCAGCAAAUCAUUCCACAAUGGCCUUAUUGGCAGUUCGCGCUUUCUUUGGACUAGCAGAAGGAGUAGCUCUUCCAUCCAUGAGCACUCUCUUAUCAAGGUGGUUUCCGAAUACUGAGAGAGCAACUGCAUUUGGAAUUUCAAUGGCUGGAUUUCAUAUUGGCAAUGUAAUAGGCUUGCUGAUAACACCGAUUAUGCUGUCAACUAUCGGAAUUUUCGGCCCGUUUAUAUUAUUCUCGUCUAUUGGUUUACUAUGGGCGAUGACAUGGACGCAUCGAGUUACAGAUGAUCCUUUAGAAAGCAAUUUCAUUAGCAGAUCAGAACUCAGAUUAAUCCAAUCUGGAAAAUCUGUUUCUCCAAAAAAGAGUAACAAGUUUCCUCCACUAGGCCUUAUUUUAUCGAAAUUACCAUCUUGGGCUAUAAUAUUCGCGAACGCAACUAACAACUGGGGUUACUUUGUUCUCCUAUCAUGGAUGCCGGUUUAUUUCAAAAGCGUUCAUAAUGUGAAUUUAAAGCAUGCUGCAUGGUUUAGUGCAGUUCCAUGGGCAACAAUGGCAAUCUCAGGUUACCUGGCUGGUACUGCAUCAGAUUUCUUAAUCAACGCAGGGUACCCGACAACAUUUGUCCGUAAAUUGAUGCAGACAAUUGGAUUUAUUGGACCAGCUGUGGCUUUAAUCUGCUUGAAUUAUGCGAAUACACCGACAAUUGCUGCUACACUCUUGACUGCAGCUUUGAGCUUAAGCUCUUUCAGCCAAGCUGGAUUUAUGCUUAACAUACAAGAUAUUGCUCCUCGGUACGCAGGAAUUCUACAUGGAAUAUCGAAUUCAGCUGGAACUUUAGCAGCUAUCGUAAGCACGAUUGGAACUGGUUAUUUUGUUCAAUGGCUGGGAUCGUUUCAAGCGUUUUUAACCAUAACAGCAUGUCUCUAUGUUGUCACAACCAUUUUUUGGAAUCUUUUUGCCACAGGAGAGCAAGUUUUGUGA